GCGAGCUCGGCUCGGCUCGGCUCAGCUCAGGGCUGUAAAAUGGAUUUAGGAUUCAAAGACGGUAACAACAGGACACAUACCAAGAACACCUCUGCUGCAACAAAGAAUUUUUCAGCCUGGGAUGACUAUAGGAGUAGUGUUGAUGACAUGCAGUACUUUCUUAUUGGGCUGUACACACUUAUAAGUCUGGCUGGCUUUGUGGGAAAUCUGCUUAUACUUACAGCCCUACUUAAGUGCAAGCAGAAGACAGUAAUAAACAUUCUCAUUGGAAACUUGGCCUUUUCUGACAUCUUGGUUGUGCUGUUUUGUUCACCUUUCACGCUGACAUCCGUCCUGCUUGACCAGUGGAUGUUUGGCACUGUCAUGUGCCAUGUAAUGCCAUUCCUCCAGUGUGUAUCAUGUGCAUCAGUCCUAGUUUCAACUUUGAUGUUAAUAUCUAUUGCUGCAGUCAGGUACCGUAUGAUAAAGUACCCUCUCUCUAGCAAUCUCACAGCAAAACAAGGCUAUUUCUUAAUAGUGAUCAUUUGGGCCUUUGGCUUCACAAUUUGCUCCCCUCUGCCAGUUUUCCAUAAAACCGUGGACCUCAGCAAAACUCUCCAUUUAGAGGGACUGGAGAACAGGCUGUUGUGCAUCGAGGCAUGGCCUUCUGAUUCCUACAGGAUCGCCUUCACGAUAGCUCUGCUGCUCAUGCAGUACAUCCUGCCGCUGGCGUGCCUGACCGCCAGCCACACCAGCGUCUGCAGGAGCAUAGGUGCUAGGCUGUCAAACAAGGAAAACAGGUUUGAAGAAAAGGAGAUGAUAAACCUAACUCUUCAUCCCUCUAAGAGCACUGGCACGCAGGUUCAGCCCUCCAGAUAUUCCAGGUGGAGCCGUGCCUUUGGCAGAAGGCACCACAGAAGAUACAGUAGAAAGACUUCAAGUGUGAUGCCAGCUAUUUCAAGGCAUCAUCAGGAUACUCAUUCCAGACAUCUCCCAGAAACCUCUGACACAGAAAAAAGCCAGCUCUUUUCCUCCAGUAAAUUCAUUCCUGGGAUCCCUAUCUGUUUUGAAAUGAAACCAGAAGAAAAUACAGAGAUCCAGAACAUGAUUACAGUAUCCCAGUCCAUCAUCAGAAUUAAGACAAGAUCGAGGAGGGUUUUUUGCAGACUGACAGUUCUAAUACUAGUUUUUGGCUUCAGUUGGAUGCCUCUUCACCUUUUCCACAUUGUGACGGAUUUUAAUGCCACUCUCAUUUCCAACAGGCACUUUAAAUUAGUAUAUUGCAUAUGCCAUUUGUUGGGUAUGAUGUCCUGCUGCUUGAAUCCCAUUCUCUAUGGGUUUCUUAACAACAGCAUAAAAGCUGAUUUAAUGUCCCUUAUUCCAUGCUGCCAAAUACCAUGAUUUUAUGUGCCCCAAGAUAAAGUAAAACAAACAGCUAUGGCUUUCAAGCCUAGUGGUGUGUAUAGCUGUAAAAGCUAAAUUAGUUUAGUUUAGUUAGUUUGACUUCGUUGUGAUUAGUAGCAUUUUUUUGUGGAUGGAUAGUUCUACGGCUGCAUGUAUUUCUUACAUUGGGCAGAAAUAUAUGCAUAUGUUAUAGUAUUCUUUUAUCUGUUACAGGUACGAAAUCAUGCCCAGUGUACAAAACCAGAAUGCCAUGUUCAUUACCCAAAUUGUUGGCAACCUGUACUUUGGAAUUACACAGAAUAUAUAAUGAGUAA